CUUCCGGGGACGGCAUCUAGAGGCAUUCAGGAUGGUGCAGCGUCUGACAUACCGUCGUAGGCUAUCCUACAAUACAGCCUCUAACAAAACCAGGCUGUCCCGAACCCCUGGUAAUAGAAUUGUUUACCUUUACACCAAGAAGGUUGGGAAAGCACCAAAAUCUGCAUGUGGUGUGUGCCCAGGCCGACUUAGAGGGGUUCGCGCUGUGAGACCAAAAGUUCUCAUGAGGUUGUCUAAAACAAAGAAACAUGUCAGCCGAGCAUAUGGUGGUUCCAUGUGUGCUAAAUGUGUCCGCGACAGGAUCAAGCGCGCUUUCCUUAUUGAAGAGCAGAAGAUCGUUGUGAAAGUAUUGAAAGCACAAGCACAGAGUCAGAAAGCUAAAUAAAAAAUGAACC